UGCACUUAAAGAAUCACCUCCCACCAUGUCGACCUCCUUCGUCCAAGCGGAGAAGCUACGCCCGACCCCUUUCGAGGUGGAAUAUUUUGACCAGUAUGAUUUUUACAGCUUAACGGACAGAUACAGCACGCCAGGCGGCUCUUCCCGCAAGGGCCGUUCCAAGCGAGAGGCUGAAGAUAACACAAACCGUCCAAAUCCUGGUGGCCACGAACGUAAGAUCGUCUUGAAGCUGCAGCGCACAGAACAGAAACGAAAAGGGACCCCAUCCAAGGAAUGAAAACUGCAGCUCUGAGUCUUGACACACUACGCAGGUUCUGGACACAAUGGCAAUGUCUACGUGGAUACGGAGAUGGACGAACGGAUGGACGCUAGGCGACACGGCAGUUACUUGUGUUAAGGAGGCAG